AUGAAACGUAAAGAGAAGAAAAGUAGUCAAACGAAUAAAAAAAUUAAUUUAACAGUGUUUGAUGAUAUCGAGUAUACUCAACAAUUAUUAAGUAUAUUAGCAAUAUGGCCUUUGGUAUCAAACUCAUCUACAAUAAAAAAAAUUCUCUCUUGGAUUCAUCUUUUAGUAAUUAUCGGUAGUCUAAUAUGGAAUAUCCUUUUUCGAUGUAUUUUCAUAUAUAUUUAUGUGAAAAAAUUUGAUGACCAAAUAAUGCUAAUUGGCCCGACUUUUUUUCGAGUAAUUAUUUUGUUAAAGUAUUUAGCGAUUAUAUAUCAUCGAAAAACGAUUAAAAAAAUAUUAAAUCAUAUAAAAACUGAUUGGAAUAGUGUGGAGUGUCAAGAGCAACAAAAUAUUAUGAUGAAAAAUGUACAAAUAAAUAGACAUGUUACUCUUGUAUUUGCAAUUUUCAUGUACUCGAGUGGAACAUUUUAUAAUUUUGUCAUGCCUCAUAUACUACCUCUACUAAGUCAUCGGGGUUCAAGAAAUAUUUCUCAACGAUUGACUAUUUUUCCUGGCUAUAAUGUCCUUUUUGACGUUCAAAAAUCACCAAUCUACGAAAUUACAUUUUUUUUUCAUAUAUUUAGUGUAUUUGCUGGCUUCUCAGUGCUCGUUCUCGCGUGUAAUAUUGCAAUAGUUUUAAUAACUCAUGCAUGUGGACAAAUUCAAAUAAUUAUUAGUCAGCUAAAUUCACUUAUUGAUGAUUUCAAGAACAAUGAAAAAACUUUAUACAUCAAGUUUUCAUCAAUAAUUAGUCGUCACAUAAGAGUUAUUCAAUUUUCAAACAAUAUCAUUAAAGAUGCUUUAUAUGAGACAUGUCUUGUGGAGAUCGGUGCAUCUUCUAUACUUAUAUGUAUUGUGGAGUUUCUUUUUCUUAAGAUGAUAGAAAACCAUAAUUAUGCAAAUAUGAUACCAUAUGCUAUGCUUUUGGCGAGUCUAACUUUGAGUAUAUUGAUAAUUUGCUACUUCAGCGAACUUCUUGAGAGUCAGUUCAUUGAAGCUGGAAUUCAAGCAUAUUCAAUUAAUUGGCAUCAACUCCCGCCAAAAGCAAGGAAAUAUUUAAUUUUAAUAAUUAUUAUAUCUCAACGUUCUUACAAAAUAACUGCUGGUGGAAUAAUUGAUUUAUCUUAUAUUGCUUUUGUGCAAAUUCUCAAAACUGGAUUUGCGUAUUUACAACUAUUAAGAGCGACGAAAUAA